CGAAGGUAAGAUGAAGAAAAGCCCAACGGUACCAUUUGUGAAGUGUAUAUGGCAAGCCAGACACAACAGCAGUGACAGCAAGAGCAUGUGCGUUUGUGGUGUUGAUGAUGCGAGGGUGAAGGGAAUGUGGAGUUUCUCGAAAAAUUGGAGAGUCACUCCAACUCCAGUUCAGCUCGACACCCAUUUUUUUUUUUCCACUACAGCAUAGUUUCCACUACGGCAUAGUUUCCAACAUGCUGAGUCGAUUGUUCCUGCAAAGUCGCGCAACCACGUUAUCUGUAUCAUACAGACGACUUGCUGUCGUUCAGCUUCGUACAUACAAGCGUCCUACUCCGGCGGCAGCUCCUCCAUUACCUAGCUCCAGCAUUUCACCCGCCAGUAAUGCCCAGCCCACGGCUCCUCCAGCCAAAAAGCUCGGUCGCCAACGACGCGACGAAGAGAUCACCGCGAGAUUUAUCACCCUUGUCGAUGAGAAUGGCGCUGUCCAUCGCGAUGUUCGCUUGAAGCAGAUUUUAGGCAACUUAGAUCGCCAAUCGUUCUUUCUAGUUGAAGUCGAUCCCCAAGCUGAACCUCACCCAGUGUGUCGAAUUACACCUAAAAAGGCGGUAUUUGAGAAAACCAAGGCUGCCAAAAGACAGAAUACCGCGCGGCCCGAAGCUGUGCUCAAGGAAGUGACGUUUGGUUGGAACGUGUCCCCGCACGACAUGGGACAUAAGCUCAGCAAGGCAGAACAAUUCCUUGCCAAGGGCAACAAGGUUAAAAUCGAAGUGGUGGCGAAGAAAGGCCAGCAGAGAAUGCCCAGGGAUGCGCAAGAAGCUGUGAUCGAGAAGAUUGUUUCUCAACUCAAGCCGUUCUCAAAAGCCAUGAAAAACCCUAGCUUUGUGCAAGGCGCAACGUGCAUCAUUGUGUUUGAAGGCAAAGCUGCAACUGAAUAGAACUCUCCUUUUGUAUAAUGCCACCCAUCUAUCUUGUUUCUUCCCUCCUCAUGUUUUCACGCAAAGAAAAAAAAAUGAUAAUGUACAGUUAGGCGGCAGUGUUUAAUUUA